AUGUCUUCAGAUACAGAAGAAGCCACACUAGAGCCUCUCGCCCCCGGAGAAGGUUUCCUAGGUGAUUUAGGACCCUCGAUUCCAAGCUAUCCAUAUGAGGGAAGACAGCAGUUCGUGCAAAGCUGGGAGACGGAAAUACGUCGCCAGCAAGAGGAUGAUACCUUCAGUGACGUGGCGCUCUUCACCGGUGUUGAUCCCGAGACGUUCAAUCGCGACUUCGUUAACUCGACCGAUCAAAAUAUCACGCAAUGCUGGAAGUCCUAUGACGGUAUUAAACACCUCCUUCUCACCAGGGCGCCGAUUUCAAUGCAGGAUUACAUUAGAUAUUCCUCCAAAAAGCUAAGCGAUUCGUGA